AUGGCGAAGCUAAAUCAGUCUUGUCGUGUAUGCAAACAAACUGGACAUAAGCCGGGAUCAAAAGAUUGUGAGCACUAUAGCGAACCUGCUGAUGGAUUAGUGGUGUUUCAAGGAAAAGAAAACCCCCUAUCCAAUUUCUUUCCCUGUGAUGUUAAGGUCUUCGGGGAAACCCACAAAUCAGCUGAGCACGCCUACCAGCUUACGAAAGCUAUUCGAUCUGGAGACUUCAACGCUACCGAAAACAUCCGCGUUGCUCCCACAGCUCUUGAGGCUAAGAGAAUAGGAGAUAAAGUGAAGAUCCCAGAAAAGUGGCAAGAUCAAAAAGAAACGGUAAUGGAGGAGAUCAUACAUGCUAAAGCUACUCAGGUACCGGAACUUCGCGAGAAACUGGAAAAUUCAGAUGCUAAAACACUAUUCGCCGAAGCAACUAACGAUAUAUUCUGGGGAACCGGGCUAUAUCCAGAUGCUACCCUCCAUACGAAUCCGGAAAAAAUGGCCGGGCGAAAACCGGCUAGGACAGAUUCUGG